AUGGUUAUUAUAGGAAAAGUGACAAGAAAUGAACUUAAUAAUGUUGUAAAACAUUGUUAUGGAUAUUUUCUUCUUGUUGAUACGGCGAAGUUUAAUGGUGUAGAGACGGUAUCUCUUUAUGGUAGAUUUUUGACAGAUCAUUUUGAAGUGAAAACACUUAAAAUUAAAAUUGGUGAGUUUUGGGGGAGAAGUACUGCUAAGAAUUUGACCAAAUGGAUAACCAUUGUUCUCAAAGACCACAAUAUCCCACUUGACUUGUUUAGAGGGCUUUGUUGUGAUGGACUUGAUACGGGUAUAUCAAUGGGAAACGGUAUUGCGGGUAUCAUGUACCGUAUGCUCACUGAUGACUUACGUCCAUUAUUUAAGAUCAAUUACUGUCUACUACACAGAUUGUCUAUUGCAAACGAAAGAACUUUUGACUUUGGAGAUCUUAAAAUGAUAAAACAGUUCUUAAUGAAAAUAUCAACAGAACCAGUACGUAGAGGGUGGAAGAAUUAUUUAAAGGAUAACGGAGUCUACGAAGUUUUAAGAAAAAUACCACAGUACUCAAAUACACGUUUUUUGUUUAAUGCCUUGAUUUCAAAUACACUUUUUGAGUGUUUUCCAGUCUUCUCUGCUUAUUGUGCUCAAAGACCGCUUGGUUUUAUUCCAGAACCAAAAACAGAAGAUAUUAGAACUCAUCUAACACUAAAAGAUCCAUCUUUAACAAAUGUUGUGUUUGUUGCAUCACUUUCGUUUGUAGACUUUAUUGAAACUUCAAUGAAACACUUGUCUGAUUGGAUGCAAAAUAGUGAUUUGUGUUUUGCUGUCGUGUAUAAAAGAAUACUUGAGUUUAUCAAAUACGUUUUCUUGGUGAAGUCAGAAGUAGAAAGGGGGUGA